UGCGAUGGACGUUGCGGACUCGACAUCUGAGACGCCACCUGUUUUUGACCAUGACAACUUGGCUCUCGCGGCACAGACCAACUUGUUGCAGUUCUACCUGACACAUUUGGCAUCCACACUGGUGCCGCCAAUGAAAUUGGAUAUGAGAGACUCGAUGACUCCAAGCUUCAGUCAAACCGAAAGCCCAAACUCUGAAACCGACGACUCCACUUCUGCAGCAAACAAAGUUCUAUUCUCUAUUCUUGGAACUCCAACAACAGACAGUACUUCGAAUGCCGUUUCAAAAUCCAGCAGCAAGCUGUGCUCGGUAUGUGGUGACAAGUCAACCGGUCUACAUUACGGUGCUGCCACCUGUGAAGGGUGCAAAGGAUUCUUCAAGCGGUCCGUUCAAAACAAAAAAGUAUAUCACUGCAGUCAAGACAACUGCUGUGAAAUUGACAAACAAAAUAGAAACAGGUGUCAAUCUUGUCGUUUCCGAAAGUGCAUCAGCAAGGGCAUGCUAACCGAAGCAGUGAGAGAAGAUCGCAUGCCCGGCGGGAGAAAUGGGAACAGUAUCUAUAGCAACUACAAGCAGAGGAGGAGUAUCAUUAGGAAAACGAAAGAUUAUGUGGAGGAGCAGGAGAGAAGGCCGUUUCAGAGCCUUCCAAGUGGGAAAAAGUUAAUAAAGGAACUGGUUGAGAUGGACUGCCUAGACCGGCUCAUCAACCUAAAAGGACUCCGAAUUAAUCCAUCUGCAAACUGCGAUAUUGCCCCUGCUUGCAAAAGGUUAACCAGAAUAGGAGAUGAAAUUGUGGAGCAACUUGUUGAGUGGACGAAAACCUUGCCGUUUUUCGACGAACUACCCGUAGAAGCACACACCCACCUUUUGACACAACGAUGGGCCGAGCUAGUAUUACUAUCUGCUGGAUACUACGCGUGCUCGGUCUUUACUCCGGACUCCCCCGACACAACAGAAAUGAUAGACGAAACUGACGAGAUCUCAUUCACAAACCCACAGGUCAACCUUCGGCUACUUCAAAAUCGAUUAUCACUGGUGCUCGGCAAAGAAAUUCCAUUGGAACACGUGGCGAAAGAAGCCGGUCCGCUUGUCACCCGUUUCACGACCCUCCUCCAUUCGUUCUCAAAUCUCAAGGUCUCUCCGGAAGCGUACGUCUGUAUCAAAGCUAUCACUCUUCUUCACCUCUCCGCCGACUCGACACUUGAUAGGAGUAUCAUCGACAAGGUCAACACGCUUCAGGAUCACUUUGUCAAAACACUUCAAAUUCAUCUGCACCAGCCGGGAGAGGACGCGCAGACGACGAGCCUCGCACAGAUACUUGACUGGCUUCCGGAUUUGCGAAACGCUUCGUCAGUGCUGCUUCAUUCAAAAAUGUUCUACGUCCCAUUCCUGCUUUGCAAGAAUCCGCGACGUCUAGUGUUCGACGAGUAGUCUUCCCCAAUACCCUCAAUACAGCUUUAUUUCUCGGUUGUGCAAUAUAAUUUAGUUCAUUUUUUCCACUUAUUAUUCGUUUCUUUUUUUUUUGAAAUUCCCCUGCCUCUUUCCAAUUCUUCCCACGAAACCAAAAAAGUUGACGUUUUUUUUUUCUUCUCUGUCUCUAUCAAUCAAUCUGUUUGAUCUAUCUAUCAUAACAUAGACGUGUGGUCGGAAACAUAAUCAAAUAGUUUCUAUGAUUUUGGAUCCUACAGUAUCAUUUUCUACUACUUUUCUUCAAGUUGUGAAUUUCUGGAAUAAUUUGUGUGCAAUUCGUGAUGUCUUUGUGUUCUCUCCCCAUUCUCUGUUCCUAUCUCGUUUCUCAUUCACCCACUCUCUCAAACAAUUUGUAGUGUAUUUUUCUACGAAAGAAAAAAAUUUAUUGGUUU